AGCCAAUUCACCAUCUCCUGGAUCCCAUUCGAUGGGCUGGAGUUGCUAACUGUCCCGCUCUGCCCUCGCACUUUAAUGAACAAAUUGAGCUUUGAACCGGUCAGACAGGUUCCAUAGUGUCCGGCAUCUCCACAUAGUAACGCCCAGAGACUGGGCCAGCCUCCCGACAGCUCUCGCUAUAAACAGCCCAGAGCCAGGAGAGAGAGAGAGAGACAGACAGACAGGACAGGACAGGACAGCCGAGAGCAGCAGCCCAGAGUCUUCACCAUGUGCCUGGGACGAGGUUCGCGGAUCUGGUGCUCAGUAAUUUUCAUCCUGCAGCUGAGGAGCCGACUCCUGGCAACUGGAGCAUCUGAGUGGACUUACAUCGGGCCCCAUGGAGAAGAUCACUGGGCAUUAAGCUAUCCAGAAUGUGGAAAUCAUCAGCAGUCGCCCAUAGACUUUCACACUUGCAUCUAUGACCCAGCCCUGCAGCCCAUCCAGUUGCUAGGCUACAACCUAUCAGCAACAGAGAACCUAUCCUUAACCAAUGAUGGACACGCAGUAAAAAUGACCUUGCCCCCGACCAUGCAAAUGAUCAGUAUGUCUCAUCACUACACUGCAGUGCAGCUCCAUCUACACUGGGGGAGUGAAACUGAGGAUUUGGGGUCUGAACACGCCAUCAGUGGGAGACAUUAUCCAUCAGAGUUACAUAUUGUCCACUAUAACGCUGAGAAGUACAACGAUAUUUCCAUAGCACAAGACAAGGGCGACGGGCUGGCUGUCCUGGGAAUUCUCAUUGAGAUUGGGUCCUUCAACCCUGCUUACGAGAAGAUAUUUUCUCAUUUAAAAGAAAUUCGGUUUAAAGGUAAAGAGAUCAAGAUGCCUGGUUUUGAUAUUAAUGAUCUUCUCCCUCAGCAAUUGGAUGAAUAUUACCGCUAUAAUGGAUCCUUGACCACCCCUCCUUGUUACCCCAGUGUGCUAUGGACUGUUUUCAGGAAACCUGUGCAAAUUUCUGGAGAUCAGCUGUUAGAGUUACAAAGGGACUUGUACAUCUCGCAAGUGGAUGAAGCCAAUCGAACAGGGAUGGUGAACAAUUACAGACAUGUUCAGAAGCUUUGGGAGAGAAAAGUGUUUAUGUCAUUCCAUGAAGACACCCUAAAUGCUGAUCAUAAGCUGACUCUUGGUGUAAUUCUGGCCAUUGCUUUGUGCUCUGUGCUGUGUGUCAUGGUUGCUUUAGCUCUGAGCUGCUUCUUCCUGAGGAAAAGAGCUGAUAAAACGACUGAAAACAGAGGGGUUAUCUACAAACCGGCAACCAGUAAAGAAGACGUGCUUUCACAAGCAUGAGCCUCAAGCUGGAGCAAAUAUAUUCUGAAAUAGUUUAGAGAGGUGGUUAGUACAGAUGCCUGAAAAUAUAGAGGCAACAUUUAGCCUGGUGUCAUUUUGUAUAAACCCUAGACCUUCACUGAAGAAUAUCCAAAUGUUAUGUUUUAAUGACAAUUUUUCUUCUUGCAUUCUAAAGUUUCUAAGUUGAUUUUUCUCCUGGAUGGUUGCUCACAGCAGUGUCUUGAAGAUUAAUCUUCAAUCCCUGGAAACUCCAGAUCAAUCCUGGAGGGUUGGCAAACUUAAUGACUUGACUUGAAAAGGGCAGAUGGGGUUGGGGGUGGUAUGGCUCCUUAGAAUAUGGCAGAGACUCAACACAACCCUGUCCCAGUGGGAUCUGUUGGUCUCUCAAUGGAGUUCGGGCUGAAGCCUAGAGGAAAUUGAGCCUUUGUGCAUUUAUUUAUUAAUCUGGUGUCUGGCUUAGUGUCUCGCGUGCUUUGUAAAUGUCCACCUUAGCAUGAAGAUUUUCCUGCCUCUUUCAUUCCAGCUCAUCAACUGCUGUCUGACUCACUGCAUGCACUGCAAAACCCACCCCACAGAAGCAUUGUGCUGACAAUUGCACCUCCCCCUCCCAUUCACCACUUCCUACUGGCCAAACCCACAGUCUCCUGACUACCUUAUUCUCCCCUUAGUCUAAGGGAACAGUCCCUCACCUCCCUGAGCCUUUAAAAACAAAAGCACAGGGCUUGCAUAAGAACUGUCCCACUCCUUAAGGACCCUCAGAUGGAAAUCAACUGGAUAGGCAUCCUGAUCCAUUUUAAGAUUCAUCAUUCUAAGACAAUAUCCUUGUCUAUUUUAAUAUUGACAUUACUGUUGACAGCACCGCUUAUUUCAUUCAAUUGAGCAGCAUCUUUAAGAAUGAAAACAGACGCAAAACGUUUAUUCCAUUUUCCUGUCACUUUAGAAUGGGACCUGGCCCUCAGCAUCGUCCGAUGGUCCAAUCAAUCUUUGAUAGUCUUCUGAUUUGGAGAAACCUUUUCCCAAUACUAUUGCAGUUCUCCAGAAACAUGAUUUCCAUUAAUCUUUUAGCAGCUUGAGUUUCCUUUAACUGUUCCCAGUGCUCGUCGUUGUUUUGCUGUGUAUUGUGUACGUUUAAUUUAUAAAAAAAACAAUGCUUUUUA